AUGAGACGAGCAAAUCGUAUAGAACCGGUUAUUACCGGUAGUGAUGCUGAGGAUUUAGCACGAGCUACAGUAACAACAACGACGCAAAUGGAAGUUGUACGACGCGUUCAAGUAGUUCCGAUGAAAGAAGCACUUGCUCAAUUGCAUACUGAUCUCAAUCAAUCGCUUGCUGGCGAUGUAAUUAUUUCACCAAGAAUUUGGACUGGAAUGCAGAAUACUGUAACACCCGUAGUCGUUAGAGGCUCACACAAAACAUUAUGGAUUAUCGGCAGUUUAUUUAUUAUAGUUGGGCUAUGUGCUCUUGCUGCUAUGAUUACUGGCUUAGCAAUUGCAUUUGGAAACACAAAUGCCGUUGGCGAAAGUCAGAUUGAACGAUAUGACAUUGGUGAUUUGAAUUAUGGAAUGGAUGGUGCCAAUAAUGAUAAUUUUCCUUCAGAUACUUAUUUAUCUACUGAAAAUAAGGAUUCUGUUCAAAAAUAUCUUUCUGAUCAAUUAAUGAACGAGUCUGGUUAUCGUGGCUUACUUAUUGAUGGAGUUCUUGUACAACAAGACUCGACAAGUGGUCGAAAACGACGAGCUACAUCAUGUCCAACCACUUUCAUUAUUCGGAACAUUCAAGUCUAUUUCGAUCGUUGUUCAACUUGUGUUGGUUCACGUAAUCUUGCUUUACGUCGUACACUUGGGAAUUUAGCUGCUUUUCAAAAAUCACUAAAUUUAUCGACAAGCAAUGCUAAUGCAUCUCAAAUAUCUACAGAAAUUUGUUCAACACCAAAUAUAACAAGUCUAAUUGUACCAGUAACAUUAAGUAUUUUACAAGCACAACAAAUUAAUUCCAGUCUUUUAGCAACAAAUACAUUAGUGACAGCAACUGUAGCAGCAUCAAGUUAUUCGAUCUACACUUACUCAAAACGACCAACAACUCGUUUAACAUAUGCAUUUACAUCUCGAAGUAUUUCUACAGAAAAAUUAAAAGCAACGACAACAAGUACUUUACAUCCAAUCGAAACAACUUCACCAAUUGCUACAACAAUACUUAAUGAUAUUAGUACCGUUGUUUCUACACUUUCAUCUCAAAUACCAACAGAUUCAAUGUCAACUAUUGAAUUUACAAUUGCAGAAACUUCAACAAAAAUACCUGAAAUAUCUACUGCUUUCAAUGAAUUAACAUCCACAGUAUUUACUGAAAUAGAUGAAACGACAUCUUCCAUAGAUUUAUUAACUACAUCAGAAAUACUUGAACAUACAACAACAGGACAACAAGUUGAAGAUACAACAACAGUAGAAUUCGAAGACACGUCAACAACAGAACAAAUUUCAGACGUGACUACAACAGAGCAAUUCGAAGAUACAACCACAGUACAGUUCAAAGACACAUCAUCAACAGAACAAAUUUCAGACGUGUCAACAACAGAGCAAUUCGAAGAUACAACAACAACAGUACAAUUUGAAGACACAACAACGGCAGGACAAUUCGAAGAUACAACCACAGUACAGUUCAAAGACACGUCAAUAACAGAACAAAUUUCAGACGUGACUAUAACACAACAAUUCGAAGAUACAACCACAGUACAGUUUAAGGACAUAUCAACAACAGAACAAAUUUCAGACGUGACUACAACAGACCAAUUCGAAGAUACAACAACAACAGUACAAUUUGAAGACACAACAGCGGCAGGACAAUUCGAAGAUACAACAGCAACAGAAUAUACCGAAGACACAACAACAGUAGAGCAAUUCGCAAAUGUAACAACAGCAGAGUUAGUCGAAGAUACAACAUUGUCUGUCGAUGAGACAACGAUAUCCGAAGAAUUUGAAGACACAACAUUAUCUACACAUGAUAUCAUGACAACAGAUACAUUUGAUGAAACCGCAACAACUCAAGAAUUUGAAGAAACAACGUCUUCUACUAAUACGACAACAAUAUUCAAUGCAUUUCUGAAUAUGUCAACAUUAGAACAAAUUGAACUAACAACAUCAUCUGAAGAUUUAACAGCAACAUCAGAAUCGUUUGAGGCAAUUACAUAUGCUACCAAUUUAACUUCACCAUCAAGCGAAUUACUCACAACUGAAACUUUAUCAUUCGAUACGGACACAACAAUUGAAAUGACAGAAACAACAACAACAUCAUUGACAAAUUUUACCAGUGAAAAAAAAUCGACCAUUAAUUAUAUGACAAAUGCAACAAUAAAUAAUGAAAUUGAAACAACACCUCUUGAUACUUUUGAAGAAUUAACAAGUCCUACAGCAGAGGAUUUGCCAACAAUAAAUGAUACUACUAUCGAAUCUGAUUUAUCUCAAACAACAAUUAGCCAAGAUGGAGAAACACUAUCAGAUUCUUCGACAGAAACACAAUCAACUACUUCUAUUUAUGAUUAUUCAACUGAAAUUUCUGAUAGUUCGAUCAUCUUUGAAGCUACUACAAAUGAAAUUGAAAUUGAUCAAUCAUCACCCUUUUAUGAUGAAUCAACAACAGAAACAUCAGAACUACAAUCAAGUACAAUAUCUAGUUUUUCUGAUGAAACAAGUCCUUCAUCAAUGUACCUUUCAACUACAAUGAAGUCAUUAACUACUAAUGCUCUAUUGUCAUCUAAAAAAAUAACUCCAACAGCUACUAGUUCUUUUCGACAAACUACUCAAAAGGUUUCUUCAUUUAAACCACUAUUAACUACUUCUUCCGUACGAAAUACAUCGUCUCAAUUAACUAGUCGACCAAUGUUAUCAGUGACAUCAAUAAGACCUGGUCGUACACAAAAAGAAACAUUUUAUUCUACUGCUUUGACGUCUCCAACAACACAACGUUAUGGUACGUCACUUUCUGCAACGCCUAGAAAUACUUAUCAAUCAACAAUGAAAAUUCGACGUUUCAGUACUGCUAUUACUCCAUUAAUGUCUACUGGUCGAACAAAUAUUCAAACUUAUACAACAGCAACAUUUCCAUUGACAACAGGGACACAACAACGUAGUCGACUAAGGCAGACAUGUAAUAAUUUAAAAGAUUUUUAA